AUGGAGGAAAUAGAUGAAUAUGCGGAAUUCAAACCAUCGCGAUCAAAAAUUGACGAGCUCGUCGGGCUUUUUAUGAACAGCGAAAAUGAGUCAGUUGACGAGAUGUGGAUCAUCCAGGAUCCACUGGAAAUCAAGAACACCAACAAAAUGCCGGAAUUUAUUUGGGAAUGCACAUCGGCUGAUGGAAUGAAGACGCGCGGUGAGAAAGAGCUCGUUAUAUGCCUCUUGCAAUCAGGAAUAAUCAAAAAACCGAAUUGUCACAAAUGCGGCCAUCAAAUGAAGCCAAAAUUUCGCAAUUGUAAAGGGAAUUCGUGGAUUUGCCGGCGUCGCGGUAAAGAUUGCUCAUCAGCCAGCAUGAAGCAAUCGACAUUCUUCUCAAGAUCACACAUUCGUCUAGUCGAUCAAGUGUUCAUAACAAUUUCAUGGCUAAGCAAUCGAAGAAUGGGCGAAAUCGCCGAUUGCUCGGUGAGCAAACGCACGAUUUACGACCAAAUUCAUCAGUUUCGCACUGAAUGCGUCAGAUAUUGGAAAAAUCUGAGAAUCGGCGGCGAAAAAAUCGGUGUUGAGUUGAAGUGUUGUAAACUCGAAAAUUCGGCAUUUAUUAAUUGGAAAUGUGUGAUUCGCGAGAAAUUUGCGAUAAUUGGAAUCGAGCGAACGCAAUUCGGGCAAGCGUUUGUCGAAUUUGUCGAUGAUGUGCAGCCGGAAACGAUUAGGCGAAUUAUUCAAAAUAGGGUGAAUGCGGGUAGUUUUCUGAUAUGCGAUGAAUGGCGAAACGCGAUGAGACCCGACACGACGCCCAACACAUUUUCGAGAUCGAAAAAUGUGGAAAUUGGGAAUGCUAUUGGAAUAAUGAUAGGCGAAAUUGAAGAAGGAAUCGACGAGGAGACGGAAAAUGAGAAGUAG